AGUCGCGUUAAAACGUCAACGUGGCUCCAAACACAGGAUUUUCGGAACAAAAUAAAAGGAAAAUCCAUUUUUAAGACAUUUCCUGUGGGAUUUAAGCAAUUUUUGAGCCUCAUUUUCAGUUAUAGAUUCGAUUUCGACAUGGUUUUGUUAGAAUAUGAAGUUUUUUUGCAGAAAUUAACACAAUUAGCGCAAGGUGCCAGAGAUAAAUCCUCAUUUACGAUCACACUGAAGCGAUAUGACGGCAACGAUAAGCCAACACCGAAAGAAGGAACACUGCCAAAGCCCGAGGAAUACAUGUGCCUAAUCCGAGCAAAGUCAAAGUCGAAGAAACUUUCGACCGUUGUCAAGCAACACGAUGUCCCGAAAUUCAUGGAACUCUUUGGCAAAGUGAUGAAAUCGAAUAUGGAUGGCUUGAAAAAGGUCAAAAAGACGAAAAAUAAAGCAAAAGCUGCUCAGGGAUAGUAAAAAACAACAACAGGUUGGAUCGAAAUUGGAAUGGAAAAAAAGGUUACGGAUCGGAUUUUAGUUAAAUUUUCUUGGAACAAAUCAAACUUUCCUGUGGAUUGAAUAUUUAUAAAUAUUUUAAAGCCGCGUUUUUUUUUCUUAAUUGUAUAAGAAGUUGAACAUUGUAAUAUAAAAAAAAUAUCUCCCAUAUCACGGGAAUGAAUAAAAAAUUUUUUUUAAUCUUUCAACAAUGCAA